UGUUCUUUAACAACACAAAAGAUUUUGAAAAUCUUAUUAUGAAUUCGAGACGUUGUGCUGCUUGCAAACAAUUGAGACGAAGAUGUCCUUCAGAUUGUAUUUUUUUGCCAUAUUUUCCUCCAAAUAAUCCUCAAAGAUUUUCUUUUGUUCACAGAAUCUAUGGUGCUAGCAAUGUUGGAAAAUUUCUCCAGCAAGUUCAAGAGCAUCAAAGAGCGAAUGUAGCGGAUUCCUUGUACUACGAAGCUUAUUGUCGAAUUAAGAGUCCAGUUUAUGGGUGUGUUGGAAUUAUUAGUAUUUUACAUCAAGAAAUUGAUCGUUUAGAACGUGAGUUAGUAAAAGUACAAGCUGAAAUUAGCCUUGUUAAAGGCCAGACACAAAUAGAAGGACAAUUAGCACAAGGGCAACAAGUUCAACUUUCAUCAUCAUCUUUUCAUCUUUCUACUACUACUCCUUGGUUUAACUAGAAUUGAUUAAAGUUACUUUAAAUUAAUAAAGAUAAUGUUAUGUUUGAAUAAUUGAAUUAUUUUAUUUUAGUCGAUCGUAUUUCCACAU